AAGCGCAGGACUCAAGUCUUGCGAUUCUUGGGUAAUAAAGGGCAAAAACGGAAUGGCACUGCCGCAAGGGCCGGCAAGUUAUAAUCAUCACAAAAGUUGUGCGAAAGGCGCAGCGGCAUGCUACCCACAAAAUGCCAAUCCUCAUGCUUGUAUCAAGAAUAAUUCCUGGAACGCUCGGCCCGCAGCCCCGACGGCUUUUGGUGGGAAAUUGAGCGCAAAUGAACUUGCGCUCUUGAGUUUCAUACGCCAAUGCAACACGAGUCCCAAAGAUGUCGAGAGUGGAGCGUCAGUCGAGGCAACAACACCAGUGAAGGCUGCUGCAGCACCGUGCAGUAGCAGCGGAACUCCGGCAAAGGGAAAAGGCAAGAAGGGCCUGCAAGCACUCGGAUGUACGCCGUCGAGCAAAUCCGCAGACGAGCAAGACACUGCUCUCGAAGAGAACUCGCAAGGCCCACCUCCUGCUAGUAGGAAUGAUGCCAGCGUCUUUGACGUAGACGCUGCAGCGGAGGAGUCGGUAGCAGACCGAGGAGAUGUGGAGGAAGAAGACGUACACGCCUCAGCUGCACUCAAGGAGGGUGCUCCAGCUUGUAUCGACUCGACCGCUGCGGCAGACGCUAGCGCCGAAGUAAGGUCGAAGGGUAGCGAUCAAGAUGCAACAUCUUCUUCAUGUGAGCAGACGACCGCUAGCAAGACCCCGAAAGCACCAGCACUGGACAGCGCCGGCAAGAACCCUAGCACAUCGCGCGUUUUCGCAGGUCCUCUGCCUCCAGGAGCUAUUAUUUUGGAGGAAGGGAAGCUGCCAGAUUGUCCUGCUGUGGUUGUAGCCAAAGAUCGCGCCGACCGAGUCGAUGGGGUAGCCGAUCAGAAGGCUGGUGUGCGCACAGGCCGCGCACACGAGCAAGACGGUGCCGACGAUGACGAGGACGCAGAGGUGAUCGUCAUCGCUGAUGGAAGGUCGACGCGCACGCGCUGGCAGGAGCUCGAGGAGGAGGAUUCCGCAUUUUCGUCGCUGUAUCCUAGGGGCUACUCUCCUGCCGCUGCCUCCAACCUACUGUCUGGUGCAGACGCACGUGGAAAUUACGCCUCGUCGCAGCUCAACUUUCCAGGUGGUAGCGGCGGUCCUCCAUUCGUGGCUGCGGCAGAGGAUCUCCCACCUGUGAUUCCGUUGGUGCCUCUAUUGCGGAAGGGUGGCGGAAAGGGCGGUUCUGCGGCAGCGACACCAGUGAAAACAACACUAGACUACAACAGUACUCGAGCGUCAGGACGGCGGUCCUCCUUGCCUUGUGCACGUACGCGAGUACCACUUGUUGUCUCUCAAGCGCGAGACGGUGAGAAUGCGGCUUCUUCAAAGUCAAACUCGAAGAAGGACAAUAUUGCAGGUUCCUGUGCCACUGGUGCCCGUGCGUGUGGUUCACAAGCAAGCGUCGGCGAGGCCUCUUCUGCCAACGUUCUUGGCGCUGCAGCAAGCAGGACAGACCAAGGUGAUAAGAGCAGCGAGAGCAGUCCGCGAGUAACGGGACCUUCAGGAGGACCAGGGUCGUUAGGGAAAGAAAAAGGAGAGAGCUGCAAGAUACCGCCAGGAGGCGCAAAAAAGAAGAAGAAGAACAAGAGCAAGAAAAGUAAGAGUCGCGCCCGAAGUGCAGCAUCUGCAGAGGAUACUACGCCGCAGCCCUCCACGAGUCCUCGCGCGCCAGAGAUGUCGCCGAGCACGAAGGGAACGAAAUUCGCUCCACCAGGUACCCUACCAGAGCUGGGCUCUUCAAGUUCUUCGUCCAAGAAUGAGGGGUCAUCUCUUGAACAAGCAAGAGCAACUUGCAAGGGGUCUCGUCAAGGAGACGAACGACAGACCGCAGAGCAUCUAGGUGGGGGUCGUGAACAAGUUGUUGAAAGAGACGCACCAUCAUCGCGUUCAGGAUCUGAAGCACCUAUGUUCCGAGAGGGACGAGUUGGCGCUUUCGUACGAAGUGACACAGGCGGAGAGGGUGAGGACGAGGAAGACCCGCACUCCUGCGAUGGUGGAAGAACAAGCAGGUCUGGUGCUGCUUGCGAACUGCAGCAGAUCGUCAAUCGUGGCGACGCGUCGUCCUUGCGAGCAGUUCAGUCUUCUGGUGCUCUGCGGCCUACAACAGGGGCAAGCUCAGGCCGUCGAGCAAGGAGCUGUAUGGCUCGCAAAGCCGGUUCAAACACACGACGAGGACACCUUCCAGGCGUGACAAAUUCGGAAUUUCAAGAGUAUCCUGACUUUGAGCCGACGCCAGACGCGGACAGCAGCUGUAGUAAGGAGCAGAGAAAUCAGCAAAAUCAGCAAAUAGAUGUAGAAGAGAACUGCGAUGCGUCGAACUCUUCUUGGCGGUCACCUGCCAAUAGUGUGCAGGUAAAUCCUGGCGGCUGUUCCGAGACGUGCGGUGCCGCACUCACUCACUUUGCCUCGUCAUCUUCGACCUCUCUUGCGCACCUGGGAAAGGUGCCAGAAACAAGUGCCUGUGCGUGGGAGGACGAUAUGUAUGAAGCAGUUGUUGAGCAGACAUCUCCAACUUUAGACAGCGGGGUUGAUGCUGCGGAUAAGCUUCCUACUCAAGAAGGGGUCGCUGCGAAAGCAGACGAAGAUGACGCAGAUGAAAACGGUGAAGCGAAGCAGGUUGCAGCUGCAGAUGAGACCAAAGUCAGUGCAAAGCCCACGACGUCUUCUGAGGGGGAGAAAGACGUAGACGAGGUAGUACAGAAGCUUAAGAAUGGACGAGACCACUGUUCCAAAGAGCAAGCUGCGCUACCGCUUGCGGCAGUGAUCGAACUUGGUGCAGGUGAUGCAGACGACGAAAGCGAUAUUAGUCCUCUACAGAGUCUCACCCACCCUGUCAUCGAUCUACCAAGAAACCCCGCGUGCUCAGAUGAAGCGAUCAGUAUAGCGGCGUCGCGGUCGCGUGAUCUUGAAGGAAAAACUAGAGAAGACGAGGUUCAACGCGAUCUGCUCGGAGAACACAGCGAUGAAGGGGAUGACUGCGUGCCCAGCGUGUGCAGUCCAGCAGUGAGCGAGCGAAGCGGCGGCAGCGGUUUCGCGACUCCAGUGAGUGCCACCCCGUUGCUGACACCUCGCGAUGUAGGCAGUGGGCCGCCCUCAGCAAAAGCUAGUGCUUUUGGGACAUCGUGCGAAGCUCGCGCGACCUCUACGACGGCGUGCGAAACUCCUGACGACAGUGGGCCACCGUGCAGUAACUUGUUCGCGGGUUCGCCGCGCGUCCUCUCGCGUUUGAGCGAGAUUCUCCCGUCACACGAGGAACUAGGAGGCGAAGAAAGCGACUUUGGCACGGCGCUUGCCUCCAAUGCCACAGAAUCAGGACUAGAGCAGUUGGACGCUGAGCUGCCUGGGGAGCUCGAUGCUAACGACACAGUUACCUCUGAGAUGGGAGGAGAUUCGAGCGGUGCCAGCACUGCUAUAGUGGAAAAUGAACAACAGCAAGAAAAAGAAUCAUGCAAGGUGACCGAAUCAAGAACAGCAGGGGAAAAGACCGAAAUUUUUCCCGAAACACCUCAGAGCGGAGCAGAGGAACCUAGAAGAAGACCUUCAAGUGACGCGACAAUACCCCUUGAGGACUCUGUGGCUAGUGUAUUUCCAACGUUGACUUCUCCAAGUCUAAAGGACGCAGCGCAACAAGCAGACGGUCUAAGAAAGAAAAAUGACGGUCUGGGUGAACCGAUAGCUGCUGAGGCGUGCGGAGCUGAUACCAGCGAAGCUGCUGCAGCUACAUCAUUGAAGCAAGCAGAGGAUUUCUUAGGAAACGCAAAUAGUGUCGAAACUGGUGGCGCUACUGAAAAGAAAGGGGAAGCAGAACGCCAACCUGGGGCCUCGUCCUCUACUGAAGAUUUAUCAACGCUUCCAGGAGCCGGAAAGCCGGCAUCAUGCUCCCCCUCGCUUUGGGAAAAGCUAGAGUUAAGAUUUGCGAUAAUUGGUUUUCACUUAUUAUUCUAUGAGAGGUUGUUCUUGUACUUGUUCUCAGUUUUCCUUCGCAUGAUCGGAAUUCAGCCGAAAUAGGUUAGAAAAUGAGAGACAAAGAGCGAGAUCCUCUAAUAGAGACAGGCGAGAUAAUGGGGGAAGUGCCUGCCUGGGAACCACGCUUUCCGUUUUUUCCGGCCAUGCGCUUUCCAGCACUUUUCGCGGAAUGCCGUUUAGCGCGAAAGGCAGCACAAGAUCACAAUCGUGGUCUCCCGCUUAGAGAACAAAUGCGUCUUUAUCUCGAUACAGCGCAGGCGAUGUUUCAAGUCAAUGUCGACUGUGCGGUACUCGCCUGUGAAAUACUGAGCUUUAUUUAGAAUGUGCUUAUGGAGCUUCUACAGAUGAACAAGGAUUUUACAACCUAAAAUGUGACAGUGGUAAUGCUGCUGCUGCUGCUGCGCGUGCAGCUCCAAUGAUAUUCCAUUGUUUUUCAAGUAGAAGUCUACAUACUUAAUCUUGAAUUUCAUCAUGACACAUCACUGACAAAAACAGAGUGAAAUCGGGCCGCUCUUGCAGCCCAUUUUCGAUUUCAAGCCAGCUGUGGGCUUCAAAGUUAUGCAUCAGCUUGAGCAGUGGGCUGCGCCACUUUUCCGAGGCGGGGAGAUUUUAGUCCGGCCUGCAAAAAAAGCUUCAGACGCUGUUGAAUGUGACUCUGCAGACGUAGACGGCGCAUCAGAGUUCAGAAGCCUGUGCGGCUAUCCCGAAUGGACGGGAGCGCCCCUAAGAUGUAUCAGAUUUUUUCUUGAGUAGUUCUUGUUUACGUUAACAUCAUAAAUAUCAUGACACUGAAGGUACAGGUAAGUGUAGAAGCUACAAUUAUGAGAUUCAUUCUUGGUGAUCGGCAAUACAUUUUAACGUUAAGCCAAAUAAUCUCAACAGCUAUCAAUGCGGAUUUGCGCGUUCAUUUGGAGGUCCGCAACCAAAUGUUUCUGCGGCGCGACCGGGCACUAAUGCAUACCGCCACCGAGAUUUUGGCCGAAAAGUUAUGGCUGACGAUAAUAUCCAUAUUUAACGGAUUUUAUUCACGACGAGAAAGUGCUUUGGCUUUCUCAGUUCUCCCUUCAUAUUAUGAAUGUAAGAGAUCCUGUUAAAAAGAACUGUCUCAUACCUCCAUGGGAAACAUAACAAAUGAAUUAGAAUCAGUUGAAUUGGAAUUAGUUGUGAAAUAAGUAUGGAGAUCAUCACGAGCUCUUCUAAGAACUGGCGUGGAUGCGUUCCACGAAUUUUCCGAGACUCGACUUGGCAUGCAAGGUUUCCGUUGUAUGCAGGUCUUGCUGCGUUGUGGUUUGUGUAUCAAGAGCGACCCUGAUGUCGUGAAUAUUCUGAAAGCACAGCGUGAUUUAGAUAAGCACGCCACGCAGAAGGGCGCUUCGGCAGAAGACGUCUGCGAGAGCACAUUGCUUCACGCCUUGGAACCGUUAUGGCGUAGUGAAGAGAGUGAAGCAGAGUCCUUGCAUACAGGUCAACAUAUCGACGAGACACAGGAGGAACAGAAGCGGACGAAAAGUGCAUGUAAGAAUGCACUUUCCAGUGCGACUGGCGUUCCAGAAGCAACAGCAAGGGACCAUGAAUUUCGAACAAGCACGAAUGCAGACGAAGUAAAAAAGUACAAGGACGUGCCUGCUGCUUCAAGAACUAGAUCAUCCGCUGACGAUGAUCCACUGCAGUUUGUUGCUAGUAAGAAAUGUUCCAAACCGUCGAAGACGCCUCCAAGAUUUUUUGUCACGCAACCGCAAUUGCUAGAGGUAGCUUUUACUCUGGCGAUGAAUCUGUGACUUUGAUUUUCUAUUCCUAUUGCCCCUGCCCUUGUGGCGCAGUGGUCCGUAUGUAAGAUUUACCGAACCUCAAUUUUGCAAUUUGGUAAAAUUAAAAAGUUCUCGCUGUUGUUCCACUCUUAUUUGACUCACUCUACCUUGAUCUUGUUUUUCCCCUUUCCUCCUACAGGUUCAAGCGUGUAUAUUCGGUAAGGUUGCUCUACCGACUCCCGAUUACUUGUUUCUUCGUGCCAUAAACAUUCGAACAUCGUCUUCAAGUAGCAGGGAAGAUACAGCUGGCGGCUGCAGUGCCAGUUGUACAACAACGAGCAGGAAUAGUAGCCAUGCAUAUACUGGCACUGGUUGCUGUAGCAAUACUGAAGGUAGCAAUUAUGCCGGAAGCAAUACUGGUAGUACUCCGAUUCUGUGGAUCGAUUCCAAGGCAGAAAACGUGACUCCUGGAAUAGCAUUACCGCAAAUUCUCUCUCGACUGGACGCGCAAUUUGAAAAUUACGUUCGCUGCUUCGGCGCGGGAAUAGUCUUGUGGGGCAAUGGCUUCACCGCAAACUGGACAAGCCGUAUGCGCCAUGUCUACCAUGCGAAGCUAAAUGCUAGUAGUUCCAGCUGUACCUCAACCACUGAAACUCUUCAUAAGGACAGCACCAGCAUCACUUCCUGUUCUAUCGGUGGUUUUGGUGUGUAUUGUGGGCAAAAGGAUAAACCAAGGACAACGUCGACUUGCGUCGCAGGACAAGCAGUGCCGGACAUGGCUUUCAGGGAUGAUGGCGCCGAUGGAGAGGUGGGGCAAAAUCGUGGGACAGAGGUGGAACUCUCGAGCAGCGGUAGGAGCUCGCUCGACAAUUCGAUCGGUCGGGCUGCUGAAAGUCGUAAAAACAGUAAGAAGGAUGGCGAAUCUGAGUAGUGUGCAGCAGAGGGCGGCGGCCACAUCUCAGGGUCUUUCGGCGAUGUCGGCAACGAGGGCACACUGAAGCACACCUUUUUUCUUUUAGAUGAUUUUUGGAUUCAUCCAUAGAAGUCUUGAUCAAGAUGAUCGUUGAAAUGGACAAGCGAUUGGUUACACCUGAUGAAAUAUGUCAUUCGUUAUUAUUGCACGACUUUCCCGGGAGAAUGUUUCUUGAAACAAAAAUGCUCAUGCUUAUUUAUUAAAAUUUUAGUAGUUAUGUACAAGAGAGUAAGACUAAGACCUCGUUCAACUUGAAUAUACAGUAUGUAGAUGAAGUAAUCUCUCGAAUCGAACGAGCAAGUCAUGUAAAUUUCCUUCUGAGCCUCGGUAUGCGAUUCCAUCAUCACUAAUUAUUAUGGUUCAUUCAACCUAUCACGAACUCUACCUAUUUUGUUUUUUGGUAGUUGAUUCGAAAAAAGUAUUUCCGACCAAGGAAGGACGGCACGAAAAAUGAUAUGGAUACGACCCACCGCCUGAAGAACGACCUGAAGCAGUAGAACAGGACAGUGGACUAUGUACACACUGAGAGGACUCCACAUACACAACUCUCAAAUUGUCUCGUGUUUAGAAGGGUAGGUACCUCGUCUCCUCGUUUACCUACCCGUAUUUGUCAAACAUGUCUAUGUCAUUUGAAAUAAUGAAGAAUCAUGAAGAUCUACAUAAGGACCUAAUGAGUGGCGUUGUCAGAUUUGCGUACUUGUUCUGGAAGAUCUUGAAUCAUUUGAUUUCGAUCAUGCUUCAUCAUUAGGGAUAUCAGUUAUGGAUACCCAACACCACCUACAAGAAUUAUUUCUUGCAGCAGGUACCGUGACGAUCCACGCCUCAGUGCCUGCUGCAAGGAAGGUUCUUUUUUUUAUCUACAUUGUCUCGUAUCCUGCGGCCGCUGCUGUUGGACGCAAACAACUCGCAGUUGAAAUGUUUGUAACAACUCGCAAACAUCAUGUUUUGUACAACUCAUUGAAUAAGCCAUCUUCAUCGUCUUAGCUUGCAAUGAAGACGAUGUAUAUAUUUUUCUAAGUUGUAACUUCACUUCACAUAACUUAAGAUCCUUACAUACCCUGUUGAUCGUAGUACUUAAGUUGUGAUAUGAUCAUUGUGAUCCCUCAGCAGUGGUAAUUGUUGAUUCUUCCCUUUUGAUGUCCGCUCACGCGCGAAGAUGUGAUGAACCCCCGUUGCGACCUGCUGAUCCUUUUCCUUUUGUUCUCUUGAGUACUUUUUGAACUGUACUAGUAUUCGCCUUCGCAACCGGAGCAGGACCCCGCAACUACACAAUGACCACGGCGCAUUGAAAACUCCUAUCGUGAAGGUCCCCUCACUGAAGAUAAUGUCUUGCUUUUCAUCUUCAUGGUGCCCUCAACCUCAUUGACAAACUUAAGAAACCACCGAAUCCUCUUUCCCUGGGGAUGAGGAGCAAGGCGCAAGCGAAGCGACCCUUUCACAGCGAGAACCACACGGGGAUGACUGCUGACUGAAGAUUGUUAUUGCCGCUUUCCGCUCCAAUGGCAAUGCUGAUUACUCUUGCCCUGGCUUCUGGGUCAAUAUAAGAGCCCAGAAUUAUGCAGCUCACUGCUGAAGAAACAAGUGCGGUGAUCGCGCAUUGGGGUGGACUUCUCGUCCAACAAGGCAUCUGGUUUGAAUUCACAGAGUAGAAAAGCAUUGAUCCUUUCACUCAAAGGAGGACUCUUCGGUUCGAGUUUUAUAUUAGAUCCAGAACGUCCAUAGCUAUGUAUAGGAACGUGCUGAUAUCAAGAAGAAUGGAUUGGUCUACUUGCGGGUCGGUAGUUGCGGUUCUACAAUAGAGCUGACAUAGAAGUUGAAUGCGGCGCCAGGUGUCAGAAAGAGCGUGUCUGAGCUGGGAUGAUAUAUUCCGAGUGGCGAAAUGGAAAUUUCUGGCGCUUUAGUCACAAAGAUGCAAAAAUCACAAGACAAAAUCAUUAUCACUAUACUGAAAAACUUCUGGCUGCAGGAGGAAGACUAAAAGCAUUGCGAUUACUUACCACAGAAGUUCAAGCUGUAAUAGUUAAACUUGACGGAGCAGGAGGUAUAGUAUGUAACUACAAAGCUAUCGAGCGCAGUGUGUGAGCCAAGAAUUUUUCUUCACACGCGAUUGGCUCUGGUUCAAUUCUUCGAGUACUUCAGGGAAGUCGACGUCAAGAACCAUGAGAGGGUCAACGUCUACACUUGCGUCUUCACCAGAAGAGCUCGUGAAGGAGGCGACAGCGAUGCAUAGGCACCUAGAGGUUCGCAUGGAGGAGCUAAGGAAGAUGGCGGCGCGAUCAAAAGCUUAAGGCUUUCCCUAACGCAUCGCCAGAAGCAUCUUAGUUACUUGAAGCUGUCCUUUAAGGGGGAGACAGCUUUACGAGGAGUCCCGGGAUGGAUUAGGGUGAGUUCUAAAAAGCCUCGAGCUACAGUGCGGCUUCGUCGUCAAGUGGCGGGGGGUACAACAGCCCGUUAGCGUAUGGAAAGAGCACGGGGAACACGACAAGUGAAGACAGUAUGUCGCAACAGGCUCAAGCAUACGAAACCGCAACUGAGACGUGCCUCCGCGAUUUUGAGAGCCUGAUUGAUAGGUUAGCGACGGCGUGGGCACACGACCACCGAACAACGACUCAAAUGAAGCUGAGAAGGUGAGAACAACUCUUGUUUCCGAAAUUAAUAAAUACUCAACAUUCAUAGGUAGAUCAAGCAAUGACGUCAGCAAUCAUUUCAAUUGAUGUUCCAAUAAAUUGUCCUUUCUAAAUCUUCAAGUUCCUGGGGUUAGUACUUUGGCUAUCUUUGUAUUUACGUCUAGAAAAGAACUUUAUGUACCGGGGUACGUCCGUCUCUACAUGACCAUUGGCG